CUCAACGUGCUCUUGUAUCUGAAGCGGCACCAAAGCGAACCUCCUCUGCAUGAAUGUGUGAACGAACUAUCAUAACCUCUACUCAGAGCGCACUCUUGCGCUCGCUGUAGCCAUGUCCAUCGCCGAGAUCAGCAACGGUCCUCCACCACUCUUUAUGAUCUGGCGGGAGAUAGUAAACGAGACGGGAGUCGGAGAAUGCCACUACUACAACAUUACAGCGACCACACCAUACGCGCAACUCUCCACGGAAGAACUGCGACUGCGAGAUUACCACGCAUCAAGAACUCCCAUCUUCGCCCCUGAUCCGUCCAAGGAAGCAGGCGAGGUUUUGAAGCUUUCCGUCCAGAAACCAGAGUCUGGAAGUGGCAAAUUCCGUGGUCCUAUCAUCACAUUCGUAGUCGGCACGAAGGACGCAGAGACGUUCGCGAUUCAUCAAAAUGUCGUCUCUGAACAGUCCGAAUUUGUGCGCCUCGCUUUGCAGGGCAACUGGCAAGAGGCCAAGAGUCGCGUCAUUCCAUUGCCGGACGAUGACCCCAAGACAUUCGAAAUCUAUCAAGCUUGGCUCUAUGACCGAAAGAUCUACACAGACCGCUGGAUUGUAGGCUUCACCGGUUUGGACACAGAGCCUCGGCGACUCUUGAAAGCCUGGAUCCUUGGCGACAAACUCCUGGACACGAACUUCAAAGACGCACUCAUGGAUGCCUUGGUUGGCAGACUGAGUGAUACAGAAGGUUUCGCAGCAUUUCGUUCGACGACCAUUUUCAUCUACACCCACACACCCGAUGGUUCGGCACCUCGACGACUGUUGACAGAUAUCUACGCGUAUCAGGGUGCCCCAUCGUGGCUAGAUAACUUGAUGCGCAGCGGUUUGCAAGAAACCUACGCCGUGGAUUUCCUGAAAGAUCUCAGCAAGAGGCAGCUUACUCAGCGCGGAUCGUCAAGCCUGACCUCAGCGGCAUAUAUGGCAGUUAAGCUGAGCUGCGCAUACCACGAUCACCAACCAGGCAAAUGUUUCAGGGAAUCGUGACAAGGAGCACCCAUUGCGGAAACCCAGCUGCGAUAUGCUCCAGGCGAGUAGCACCCUGAGCCGCAAUCUCGUGCAAAGCGACGAAAGCAUACCGCAAGAAGCUUCUGCAUUCCCAACAAAACUCCUGCAUGAUUACACAACAUUAAACAAAAAGCAAAACGCGCAAAAGUGUCUGG